CCCCUCCCCUUUCCCUUCCCCUUCCCCCCCUCCCCUUCACCCCCUCCCGCCAUGAAGAACCCGGUGCCGCAGGCGGCCUCGCUGCUGCUGGAGAAGCUGCUGCUCCUGGUCCACGUCCGGCCCCUGCCCGCGGGCUCCGGCGGGGAACCGCCGGCCCCCGGCUGCUACGACACCAGCUGCUUCAAGCGGGGCGACCUGCUGGAGGUGCCCCGCACCCUCUUCAUCCACUUCGGCAUCUACCUGGGCGACAACCGCGUCGCCCACCUGAUGCCCGACAUCCUGCCCGCCCUCACCGGCGACCGCCGGCAGAUCCAGCGAGUGGUGACCAACAAGCGGCUCAUCCUGGGCGUCAUCACCAAGACGGCCAGCAUCCGCGUGGACACGGUGGAGGACUUCGCCUACGGCGGCAGCAUCCUGGUCAACCACCUGGACCGGCUCUUCGAGGACCAGGUGCUGGGCAGCGAGGAGGCGGCCCGCCGGGCGGAGAAGCUGGUGGGCGCCACGGCCUACAGCCUGCUCUGGAACAACUGCGAGCACUUCGUCACCUACUGCCGCUACGGAGCCCCCGUCAGCUUCCAGACCGACAAGUUCUGUGAGACUGUGAAGAUGAUUAUUCGGGACCAGAGGAGCGUUCUUGCUUCAGUGCUGGUGGGAUUAGCGUCCAUAGUCUGCCUCGGCUUGGCACCCUCCACCACGCUCCCCACUAUCUUUAUCCCCUUCUUUCUGUGGAUGGCCGGCUGACAGCCUCCCCGGAGGCUCGCGGCCGGCGUCUGUAUAUAGGAUGUACACUGCUCUAUUUAUGAAAGCACAGGUUACUCAUCGGCGUCGUGUACAGCUCCUUAACCUUGUGUGCCGUUUUUAAAUACAACUCUGUCUAGAACACAGCGCAUAAGGCGUAGCUUACUGUGUAAGCCAAAUAACAGAUUUCCUGAAAAUCUCAGUUGGUACAUUUUAACACGCCUUUAAAUCAUGAAAAAGUAGGGUUGUGAUGCAGUUCUGCUCCUUGCCUUUAGCCAUUAAGUGAUCCUGGUAAUAUCCUUCACGUUCUUCAAUUUCUUAGCUGCGUACCCAGGUGCCGUAAUUACUAAUAAAAAUGGAUGAUGGAGUUCCCCAAACCGAUGGACACUGAGAACAAACUACUUAACCUCUUUCUUUGAUAGAUAUAGUGUAUAUUCAGAAGUUACUGUCUCUGCUCCUAAAAUAUUCUUUAGUGGAGACACGAGUAAGCAAGCUGACUCUUUUUGGUAGCAAAGAAGAAAAACCAACCCUAGGCUGGGCGCUGUGUGCUGCAGGAGCUCAUCUGGCCGGAUAAGCUACAGUCACUCCCCUUCUGGGAAACGUUCACAAAUCUCGCCGUUUGUAUUAAUUGUGUAAACACUUGCUACCAUAUUGAACAAGUUUUUCAUCGGGUUAGUGGUAAGGCAAGAUGGCAGUUCCUCAGCGUUUUCCCUUCUACUGAUAGCGGUUAGUAUGGCUAAUAUAAAUGGCUACAGAGGGUUUCGGGGGAUACAGGAAGAAACUAGCUUGCUUUAGGACAACUAGUGACAUACAAACAUCGGAAAUUUCCAGCAUUCUAGGGCAUGUGGCAGGGAGGAGGAGAGAUAUCAAUUUAGCACCUACCUUCCCGCAGCAACGGGACCUGUGUGGAUGCCAUAAAGCAUCAGGGACCACUGGAGCAAUUUCUGUGAUGGCUGUAUUGUCGUUUUGAAUAUUGCCUUAAAACAAGGUGCCUCUCGGUGAAAGACGACAUGUCUUUCUAUAUUCAUCUCUUGCAAAUAAUUAUUCACUUGCAAGCCAGCAGUUGGUGCUAAAAAUGUUUCAUCUUUGAUGUCGAGGCCUUUCUGUUUAUCAAGAACGUGAAAAGUUGGAUUUGAAAUCGAGUUCACCUAGCUAAUUGUUUAAGUGCUAAAAACCUUUGCUGUUUUGUGUUGUUUUUUUUUUUUUUUUUUUUUUUUUUUGUUGUUGUUUUUUUUUUUGUUUUUUUUUUUUUUUUUUUCUUAGCUAUGUCUUGAUAUGUGCAGAGAAAUUGUUCAGCUCCUGGAAUGCCUUGCACAUGAUACGUGCACUUGCAGGUUCACGUGCUACGCUUGCUUUCCUUUCUAGUCAAAGGCGAAUACGAUGGUGUCUUCGCUAAGGACUGAACCUCAGAUUUACAACUUUCUACGAGCAGUGUUCAGUAUCUUGUCACCUGCUCUGCUACUGAAGUGGCCACUUUCCUCAUUUUCAGAGAGACUCAUUUUAACUGUGCUAUAACCCCCCUUCUCCUUCACCUAGACCUUACAGCUGCUUCAAGACUGAAUUCUUGAACUGUGAGUCUCCUUGGCUGCUCUCUAAUCAUCUUUCUUCUUCUGGCUGCUCCACUAUAACCGAUGAAGAAUGUAAAGACUGGGGUGAAAUUCCAGGCUCGUAGGAAACCGCGGCAUGACUCUUGCUGCCACCGGCUGAGAGGGGAUUUCAGCCCCGCGUUCAGUACACGUUCAGUCCGCAGCCCAGCUCCAAGCAGCUGGAUAUCCAUUACUGUUGGAUCCUUGUAAACAACUUCUGUUCGGCCUUCAAAGAUUGCAACGCUCGGUGUAACUGUUUCUGGUAAACUUUUAAAAUUAAGGUGUUUUUUAAUUAACAUGAAUUGCUUUUUCAUAGUGUAUGCGUUAGUAAUAUUUACAUAAAUUCCAGUGUGGUUUUUUUACUUGCUGUGUGUAAGGUAUGAACUGUAGUCAUUACUGUAAUUAUAUAAAUAGAAUUUAUUCAUUUAAAAACAUCUACGGGCCUCUUGAAAUUGAGUAUAAUGCUAUAGCAUUUCUCUAACAUAUCCCAGUAGGGCACUGAACAGUCCAUUAACAUGCAGUUACGCGGUGUCUGAUUACAGGUGGGCUUUUCUUUUCCCCUUUAUUUACUGGGGAUUUAUAAGAAUUCCAGUAAUUCUUACGAUUCGCUUAUACAAUAAACAAUGGGGUCAUGACCAGUAACCAAAUCAUAAGCGGGAUUGUUGGAAGGCAGAGAAAUGUUCCCGCUCUAGCUUCAGUAUCAAAGGAGCAGUGCUCCCGCCUCGCUAAUGCUGCUGAGCAAGAAGCAUCCAGGUUAGACUGGGGGACCUAAACUGGGAUUUUCAUAGGUGUCUAUGAAAGAAACAAAAUCAGUCCCUUGCAGACGUCUGGCUGUAUUCGUAUAGAAUUUUCCUUCAACAUGUGAGGUUUUAAGCUUAUGAAAUACUAUGGAAUGGUCUAGAACGUCCUGCUGUAUCCUUCCAUCACAGACCAGCAAUAAUGUGGGCAUGGGAACAGAAAUUCAGCUACAUGUUCAGGAGUUUUUCCUACCAACUAUAAUUCUAGCAGAGAUCUGGAAAUUUUGUUAAAGUCAGGCAUGAGUCAAAUCAGUCAGAGGGGAAAAACAAGACUAGCAGGCAUGAAUUCUCAUGUUCAGCUCAGCGGGUGGUGGUUGUGCUCUGAAAUAUUUUGGUAAAUGUCAGUGUCGACUUUUUUUUUUUUCUGUAAUUACUUGAGUAAAAAUAAGCACUUGCCCUAGGUGGAGCAUUGCAUUUCAGACUUGAGCUCAACUGUGAUGCCAUUGAAUUGAAGGAGCUAGUUAUAAUAAGAAAAACACAGAAAACUGUGGAGCAGUUCAGCUGUUUGGAAGCGUAUGUGCUUAGAAGUGAAAUUGUUCAUCGGUAGCUGUAAGUGAUGGUGAUGGGGAGUGUAAAUCUAGAGCUGCAGCUCGUUUUAGUGGUGGGGCUGUUCUGAAAAGAUGUGUGGUUAAACCAGCAUAUGUAAUGGAGGAGUAUAACCAUCACCCGUCUGACACCGGGAAAGGCAAGUAGCGAAGACAUCAAGUUGAAAGGAUGGAUGUUUCACUUCAGGCUUUCCAAAGAAAACAAAAAUAAAAUGAACAUUCACAAGGCUCGAAAUGUUUUUACAAAACCUGUAUUUAAAAGGAGAAAAAAAAAAAAAAAAAAGUGGCUAAAUGAAGACAUUAGAACAGUGAGCUUUCUGUUUGUAUUUAUUUUAUCUUGGAACAUAAAUGAUUACUCAUUUUGUGGUGAAUAGUCAUCUGCUGCUUGAUUUCACCUUUGGGUCCUCCUGUGUUGAAGGAGAAUGCUACAUAUAAAUACCAUUAAGGCUUUUAAUGAAAACAAAAUCAUAGCAAUACUUGUUAAAGUCUGAGGGGGUGGGGGAGAGGGAAUUAAACUUGUGUGUGACUUGACGUCGUCCAGACAGGUUUUAGAAAGCAAGCUGCAGCAACAAGAAACAUUAGAACUGUGAUGUCUAGAAAUGAUAUGGUGGUGUAUUAUUUAUUGCAUGUUCUCACUUUAAAUAAAGCGUCACACACCACUGAAUGAUACAGAACUGUGUUAGGACAGUCAUUAGUUAGCACCUCCUUUAUCCCUGAAGUAAAACAAAAAUUAAAGUUCUCAGGUGCCUCUAGGAGCCAUUUGCUGCUUAUGCUUUGUCCUAACUUAGGACCUGAUUCCUCUGAGCACUGACCUGUCAUGAAUGGGCUUACUGAUGGGAAAUGAAGAUACAAAAGCUUCAUAGUUUCGAGGCUCUUUGCCGUAGCGCACUGCACUCUGCUGUAAGCCUUACAGAAACCUGUCAGAACUCUGUGCUGGUAAAAUUAAACUAUGAUCUCCUCUGCUGCAGGAAUAGAUCACUACAAGUA